UUUAGGUGCUGGACGUCAAGUGCCACUAAAGCCUCGUAGAGGCAACGUGAGGGACCCACCUCAGUUAGUGCUUCCCCCUCCCCCUCCAUACCCGCCUUGUAUAGAUUCAGACUACGUGGAUCCCGACGUUUUGCACCCAUCGAGUGAUGACGAGCUCACAGGCCACGUGGACAUUGCUUCUCAACGCUGGCAGGGAACCCAGCAAGAAGGAUGUUCUGACCAAAAGUCAGAGGAAGAGGAGGAAGAUGAGGAAGAAGUGCCGAAGGGCAGCCCUCACACAUCUGACAACACCUGCAUUACCUCUGACUACACAGUCAGCCCUCUCAGCUUCACCCAUCAUGAAUGUCAGACAGAUGGACCUGUCCCUCUGGAGGAGGCUGCUUCUGAGGACGGUGCCCCCGAAGAGAAGGGUGGCACUGGCUGGUGCUCGCCAAACAGGUGGAGCGGCGGCAGCGGCGGUCAGCACCCUGAGGAUAAUGACGUGGAUCACUGUGGAGCCCUGGGCCUCACCGCUCAGCUACGGCAGACCCUGGCAGAUCUGGAGGCCGACUUAGCAGCUCGUGAGGAGGUCGACGGCGUUUCCGAAGCCUCCGCAUUCCCCUCAGAGGUUUCUUAUUCUGAAGCUGAGGCGGCCGUCCCAGUGACCGCCAUCGAUGAGGUGUGUGACGAGGAUGUCCACUGUGUCUCAGAUGAAGUCGGCACGUCACAAACGGAGAGGAUGAGCCAUGUUGGUGAUUACCCGCAGCCCGUCCAUGUUGAUAUCUCAAGCACAGAGCUUUGUGUCAGCAGUAACAUUAAUGGAAAUCACAGCCAGUCUUACAUGCAAAGUGAUACGGAGGAGGAGCCAAUCAGGGAAGCCCCUCCAGCAAAGCAAGAAGAGCCCAGAGAAGCGAGCACCAUUAAAAAAGAGGACCGAGAUGAUGACCCUGCUGAUGAAAUGAAGACAAAUGCAAAUAAUCAGAGGGCUCCAAAGGCCGAAAAGCCACCAGUGGCCACAGAAGGUGUCCAGCCAGCCCUUGUGUCAAGCAGACGACAGUUGUCGCAGAUGUUAAAGUCACCAGAUUUUGCUGCGAGAGUAGGCAUGAAGACAUUCACAGUGGUACCACCAAAGCCUGUUGUCAAACCGUACCGGGAGAGAGAAGCCCCUACAGUAAGUGGAGCUAUCAAAAUAGAUGACCAAGGGAAUCUCAUCCUGCCAGAAACCGCCAACCAUAAACCGACUAAGUCGACGGGAGCAGGUGGAAGCGCCAACGGCUCGCUGCUUAGGAAGGCCAAAGCCUUUUGGAGCUCAGCAGAACAGGAACUGAAUGUGGAAGAGCACAAAAUGGGAGCAGCAGAGCCCAAAACCUGCAACUCACAAACCUCUGUGACAUCAGGAACGUCGGCUCUACCAAGAGACGAGACAACGCAGUCCAGAGAGUUCAAGGAGGAGCUUGUGAAACCCACCUGGGAUGCAGGCAAGCGCAACACUUCCAUGUAUGAACAGCCCAUCAAGCCACCUCAGACGCUGCUGCUUUUAUCGGACAAUGAGAUUCAGGCAGAAUUCCCAUUCCGCAAGCCAAUCCGAAGAACCUCUAGUCAGUAUAUCGCUUCAGCCAUAGCCAAAUGCAGCAAGGUGCCUCAGUCGGUUUCAGAGCCAGUACAAUUUCAAGCUAAAAAUGUUCUCAGUAGUGUCCCAGAGAAAGGAAAACAUGUUUCGCACUCUCCUCACCUUGAAAACGGAGAAAGUAAUGGCCGGCUAGAGAGUGAAAGGCACAAAGGGCCACUUGACGAGCUGUCUGAAAAGGAAGAGCUUGGAAUCCCUGUCUCGAUAAUCGAUCAGUGGACACCACAGCCGGCUGGUAAUCCAGAGAUUAAUAAUGCAACGUCCAGUUUUAAGGAAAGGGUCUAUGAGGGAACGUGGAAGAACACACAAGAUAAUUCCAAAAGUGAGAAUGUCACGGGUGUCAACACGGACAGCGACCUCGCCGAGUGUCAUCGUUCACCUUUACAAUUCCCCACAAGUUAUCUGAAACUCAAUCUUCCACCCCAAAGCAGACUGGGGCCUUCCACCUCUUUGGAGAACAUGCAGUCAAAUGAGCUCCGUGCCGAGGCCGCACAUGGGUUAAGGCCCACCGGACAAUCCUCUUGUUUAACUGGCCCCAUUGCAAAGAGUGCGCUGAAAAGUGGGAGCUUGUUCGGCCCAGUCAGAAAAUUCAGACCGAUUCACCUGAAGCCACUGCAGAAAGAGGCGUCUUUGCACAGCUCGCUGAUGGAAGCGAUUCAAGCCGGAGAAGGAAAGGAGCGUCUUAGAAAGACACCUGACCCUAUUAAGAGUGCUGACCACCAGAAGCCUUCCUUUGUUGAAGCAGAAGGUCAAAGAUCCCAGCUGCUGGCAGCCAUUCGGGCUCAGAAUGGAAUAUCGGGAUUAAGAAAGAUCUCUUCAACAGCAUCUACAGAAAUAAGCCAUGUAAAGAAUUUAGAAAAUGUCCAGAAUGCUGCAAAUGGUCAUUCCCCUUCCUUCCCAGCAGCGGAAUUUUCACAUUCCAAAGAAAAACAGGUUGACGCCAUUCAUGCGGACGCUGGUUCAAAUCAUCUUAAAAAGAUGACUUCAGAAUCUCUUCAAGAGCACUCGCCACUCGCCACUGAAGGUGACUUUCCGGUCGAAUCGUGUCCACCGCCUCCACCUCCUCUCCCAAAUCAACACAGUAAACUGAGUCAACCGCGUUUGCCAUCUGCAGCCUGUGCCAACAGCGGAGCAAGGGAAGCAUUAAUGGAAGCCAUCCGAACAGGAGCCGGGGCAGCACAAUUAAAGAAGGUUCCUGUUCCUUCUAAAACCGUACUCGUCAAUGGGAGGCUCGGGACCAUGCAGGCAUCGUUGGGCUCCUAAGGAUUCCAUGGGACCGGUGCCACUGAGGAGUUUUUGGAAACACCAUGCCAUAUGCUACUCUCCUGGGCUUUUGUGGAUGAUCUUGCACAAAAUAACCAAAUCCACUAAAAAUGUGUGUGCCAAGAACUGUUUAAGUGUGUUUGUGGCUGUGGAGCAGUGAGGUUCACACAGGCCCGUGCGUGGACUACAAUGACUCUGUGUAUAGAAUCGACUGAAUCAUACGACCCUCAGGGUCCCGGGGCACAACUGCCAGAAAUGACGACGACCGUGUGUUGAAUUGAAUCACACUGGAGUGCGAGUCACCGUUAGAAAUUCACAAGGGCAGAAUUUGCCUUCAAUAUUUAAAACCUUACAUAUACUUUGCUUGUAUUCUGUAUAAUUUAAUGCAUAAUAUUUAAUGGUAGUGGUCACUGUCUUAGGUUCCCCG